CUCCUCUCCAUCAUCACUCCCCCAGCAGAGACGUCCCCCGGCGGGUCAGCGAUGCGUGUGUAGCCGAGCCAGCAGUGAAACCGUUGUAUUAUCUGGAAGACGCCGCUGCCUUCUGGUCCUCCUUCCUUUGGGGAGAAAAAAAAAAGCGUCUUUUUGGGAUUCAGAGCUCAGACGCGGGGUGGUGUAUAAGAGCGAAGUCGGGCGUGGUGUCGAGGAAAAACUCAUCUUUGUGAGGAGAAACUUCAGAGGAGCAGCCACCAUGUCUCUGUCGGUACCGCAGAACGGAGUAAAGGCGGACAGCGAGCCCGUUAUCGAGCUCUUUGUGAAGGCGGGAAGUGAUGGCGAGAGCAUCGGGAACUGUCCCUUCUCCCAGAGACUUUUCAUGAUUCUGUGGCUUAAAGGAGUCGUCUUCAACGUCACUACUGUGGAUCUAAAGAGGAAGCCCGCGGACCUCCAGAACCUGGCCCCCGGCACGCACCCGCCCUUCAUCACCUUCAAUGGCGAGGUCAAAACCGACGUCAACAAGAUCGAAGAGUUCCUCGAGGAUGUUCUCUCCCCGCCCAAGUACAUCAAGCUUGGUGCAAGACAUCCUGAGUCAAACACUGCUGGUAUGGACAUCUUUGCCAAGUUUUCUGCAUACAUUAAGAACUCCAAACCCGAUGCAAAUGAGGCUCUGGAGCGCGGGCUGCUGAAGACUCUGCAGAAGCUGGACGAGUACCUUCGCUCGCCGCUGCCUGACGAGAUCGAUCACAACAGCAUUGAAGACGUCAAAGUUUCUAACCGCAAAUUCUUGGAUGGGAACGAAAUGACCUUGGCUGACUGUAACCUGCUGCCCAAACUACACAUAGUCAAGGUGGUGACUAACAAGUACAGAGGCUUUGAAAUACCCAAAGAGAUGACGGGCAUCUGGAAGUACCUGAACAACGCCUACACACGUGAAGAGUUCACCAACACCUGCCCCAGUGACAAGGAGAUCGAGAUCGCCUACGCAGACGUAGCCAAGAGGCUGGUCAAAUGAGCUCCUCUGUCCCGACCACCUCCUCCUACCCCCACCCCCCCACCCGCAGCACCCUCUCUACACUCCCCUGCCCCCCCCCCAUCCUCAACACCGGGACUGACGUGCUCAUUCACGAGAAAGAAAAAACUUUGGACUUCUUUUCCUUCUCUCAUCAGCUAGAGCGAACUCCACUGCAUGACCCCUUGUCAUUAAUUCCCCCCCUCCUCCGGUGUUUAUGAAGGUCUCUUUAGUUGAAUCGGGACGCCUCGCUCCUGUUCCUCUUUAUUCCCAUUAAUUGUUUCUGUUUUUCAUUUGCUGAUGAAUGUUGUGAGGCGAUGAAGCAGCAGCCAGACGUGUAAAUCAGUGCUUGUCGAUGCCGGGAGUCGAUCGCGCUCCCUGAUAAGUGACCUUCAGGCUGCCAAACACUCUUAUUUCUCUUUGUUAAAGAUCGAAAUGCUUUUUCUUGGAUUUCUGAACACUAAGAAGCAUUUUUUUUUUUUUUUUUUUUUAUGUAAACAGUGUUGAAGCUUCAGAGUAUUUGACAGGUUAAAGCAGAAGCUAAUCCAAACCGAAGUGGUUGACAUAUCAGCUGAGAGUUGCUUUAUUUUAAUGUUGAGUUGUUUAAAAUAAAUGAAGAUAUUUGUAAGUGCAGGUAAAGUUACCUGGCCGCGCUCUGAUUUCCUCACUGCCUCAGACGGGCAGAAGUCUUUUAGCUGAGCUCAGUAGAAAUGUAGGAAAUUUCCCGUACCGCGGGAAAAACACAGCCUGAGGUCUGAGAAAUGUAGCUUAUUAUUGCCUUUGAAAAUGGCUGAUUAAUCCAUAGCAGAGGGGCUCUAAUCAUAUCGAACACGUGCUUACUGUAGCAGUAGUUAGGAUCGGGGGGGGGGGG